AUGUCUACCCGCAAGCACGUACCAACUAUCAUUCCAGAGUAUGAUACUCGGCCAUCAGCGGAUUCUUUCUCAAGCGACUCGUCCUCAAGUACAUACGAAACUGCCAACUCAUCACCUACAAACGUGCCAAUCGCAUCUCCAAAACCAAGCCGCCCAUCAGCUCUUUUGUACAGUAACACAAGACCCCAAUCCCGCCGAUCUUCACCGCAACAAACGCUUUUAGGGGCCAUUGAUGAGAAUAGCGGUUCUGUCCUUCCGGAUAUUCCCUAUUCUCUCAGUAACAAGGAUAGUCCAGUUACUAAGCUUCAUGCCUACGCCGCAAUGUUUACACCUCGGAAGAGACCAACCCUGGUGGCUGCUAAUUCACCACCAGACGAGUAUGCCGCCCUAGUCGGACCAAACGGCGAGAAGUUUACAGACUUGCGAAUGAAUCGAAAAGUUACUGAUCCGAAGAAGAAUGGUCUCAAAAGGUUCUCGUGUUUUGGAUGA